AUGGCUUCAAUUCCAUGUACUGGUGUUGCUGCUGCUGCUGCUGCUGCCAUCACCUCCAAGUCCUUUCCUUCUUCAACCAAAUUCAACACCCGGUUCGUGGGUACCCGAAAUAGGCUCGGGUGGGUCAGGCCCUUGGGGCUUGGACCGUCCAACGGGUCCAGAGCCAAGUGCUGGUUUAAAUUCGGGAAAAACGGUGUAGAUGCUGAAGGUGCUGGUAUUUAUGGAAGCCAAUCCCGUGAUGAUUUUGAUAGAGAUGAUGUUGAACAGUAUUUCAACUACAUGGGUAUGCUCGCUGUUGAAGGUACAUAUGAUAAGAUGAAUGCUCUUUUAAGCCAAAACAUCCACCCGGUAGACAUUUUGUUGUUGAUGGCUGCAUCUGAAGGUGACAAGCCAAAAAUUGAAGAACUUUUAAGAGCUGGUGCUAGUUACUCUAUCAAAGAUGUCGAUGGGCGGACAGCUCUUGAUAGGGCUGCAAGUGAUGAAAUCAAAGACUUCAUUCUUGGUUUUCCAGUUCAGAAAGCAUGA